AUGUCUACUACGACGACGACGUUUACCUCAACCUCUAACCCCGUGCGACGCCUAGAUUCUCCGUCAGUCACCGCCAAUAAUGAUAUGACCAAUGGGACGAAUACAACUACGACGAGGAGCACAGAUACUCAUACCCGCGUGCGAUUCGAUGCCGAAUGUGUUCUAAUUCCAGACACAUCCCAUCCUUCAUCAAAGCGACCAAAGCUCAGCACCAAGAGCUACUCGUUACCCUUGUGGCGGAAAGGUCGCGACCACCGGGAAGAGGAAGAAAGUCAUGUAAUGCUCAAGGUCAACCUUCCUAGCUUUAAAUCCAAAAAAUCUUCGUCCCACUCUCGCGAACGCGACCAACGUAACUCCUCGCGGUCACCACCAUCCGCCCCGCAUCAUAUUCCUUCCUGCUUGCGCGUACCCACCUUCGAACAUCCACUCCCCCCAUUACCUGUACAAGAGCACAGACCUUUAACUGCUUUGGCCGCUGUUUACCCCUCAGCACAAGUGCAAGUUCUUUCAACUGGGGCCGUUCCGCCAAUCACCAUUCCAAUUCGAGGUUGCUGUCCGGAAUGUCUGCUGCACACUGACGCGCCAACCGAGGAGUUUUCUCGUGGUGCAAUGCGUGUUAGAAGACGCGGGGUCGGCUUUGGAGUUGGCUCUUUUUCACCAACCGGGCCUGAUAACUUGCUUUUUACACCUCCAGCAGACGGCACCGAAGCUUUGGAUCAUUUAGUUUCUGGGAUUGGGGUUGCGAAUGUCAACCGCCUUGUAGCAGAACUGGAGGAACGGAAAAGAAGGAGUCGAAGUGGGACACCCAGUCCUGCUGGGACGCCGCCCAUCACCCCAACUGUAGCGGUUUCUCCUGGACGAAUAUCCCCAUCAUUAUUAGGCCCCGCCCUAGUCCGAGUUGUGGAAAGCCGUGCACCGUAUGGUGCUUACUUGUCUGCGCAAGAGCUUGUUCAAGCCGCUUCAUCCUCUAGUGACAACCUAGCUUCACAUUCAGAUACACAAGGACGGGGAAGUCCUUUGCUCCCUCUUGGUAUUGCAGUUGACGAGGUUGACAAGGAGCGACGUCGACGAAGCAUAGAUCUGGUUGCGACAAUCCGACAUCACCACUCAGGUGAUAUUAUCAUUCUAGGCGAGGAAGACGAAGAGGUGGAUUGGCCUAGAGAUGUUACUAUUCGCAAAGCUAGCCCAUCGACCUCGAAACAAAGCAGUCCAGCUACAAGUCCCAGGUUAAACUCCAAACGACCUCCGCCAUUACAUCCUCAGGGAUAUGCUGAAGACGAUGAAGCAGAUCUUUUCCCUCUACCAUCGUCCUCGUCCAAACCAACGACACCCCUCUCAACACCUCGACAUAGCCCACAUCCAAGUCCAGCCGGAAGUGAUUCGAGCCUAAAUUUGGCCCGCAUGACAACCUCGACGAGUGAAAGUGUAGCGGGAAGAGCGAGUCCAUUGCUGAGGGACGCUUUGGCAAACAAUAAUGCAAAAUAUGAGCGAAGAGUUUCUGCUAGCAUUCUUGAAGGCAGAGAGCGCAGUCGCUCUGAAGCUGUUUGUGUAGCGCUGGGAGGAGCUGGGAAACGAGAAAGGGAAAAGAAAGAGAAGGAGCGGGAGACCGCCCCCAACUCCCUUCAUGACCGUGAGGGCUCAAACGCUUCCAUUUCUAGCAUCAGCUCCACAGCAAGCGGCCAGCUUGGGUCUCAUAAAACGGCCAAGUGUGAACGUGGGCUGCUUCUCCCUCCAGGAGACGAGCGUGAUCCUACUCACACGGCAGAACCUCGAGGUCGCGGAGAUGCUGCCUCACUGUCGAGCAAUACCAGUCGAAGUAGCAGUCGAGACAGUCGGUGCAGUGAUAACGACUCUGGCGUGGACGAAAAGGCGCUUCCUAAUCUUCCACCUUUGGCGACAUCUGUUCUUGCUGCUGGACCAUAUUCACCUACUCUGGCACCGAGGUUGCCUGUAUAUGCCUCGUUGGCGAUGCUCUCCGAGUCGGAGUCUGAAUCUGGAGAAGGCGCCACCAUGGAAGCACGUGAGCAGGAGGAGGAGCAGACGGUUGGCCGUGCAGCGGGGCUCCGCGUUGGGUCACCGGAGAGCAUCCACAAUAGUAAAAGAGCAAGUUUACACUUGCGCGUUGCCUCUGCUCCAGCCGCGGCCCCAUCUUCAUCAUCGAACACAUCACCAAUUGCGGAGCCUCCAGUGACCUCUCCAAAAGCUCUUCUCACCAGUAAUAACAGUAGUCUUAGCACAACCCUCUCCAAGCCCAAACCAGCUCCUCCAAUAACUCGCACAGGACGCGGCAAAUCGGCAUCAACCAGUCUUACUCUUGACAAAUCUUCAUCGACCCAGCCUCCGUCUCCAAUUGUUCGGAGAAGCAACUCUCUAGCUCGCAUCCGCUCGACCUCUGUGUCUUCUGUUGGAAAGGGUACCGGACGGAAAGCGUUUGGAGCGCUUGUCGAUGUGUUGCGAGGCGUAGCGUCUGUUGGAGGUGGUGGCGGGCCCACAAUGGCUGUUUGA